GGUAUAACUACACUUGGUAGUACUCAGUAUAACUCAGUAUAAAUCAGUACAAUUACAUUCAGUAGUACUCAGUAUAACUCGAUAUAACUACAUUCAGUAGUACUCAGUAUAACUUGACAUCGAUAUUACCCAGUAGAACGAAGUAUGACUCAUUACAACUAAGUAAAAUUAUAGCGUAUAAUUUGAAAUUUUGAAACUUUUUUAAAAAUUUUGAAAUUUUGAAAUUUUGAAAUUUUGAAAUUUUUAUUAAAAAAUAAUUUCGAAAAUGAAAAGAGCAAAAUCGGAUAUUCGUGUUUCAUUAAAGCAAACAGUGAGAGUAUAGGAGAUUUGAGAGGCCUAUAGUAAUAAAAUAAAUAAAUAUGAACAACAAUAAAAUACUUUUUCAUUUCUCUAAAUAGUUUUAAAUUUUUUGCAUCUGUUUCUCAAAUUAAUAUAUAUAUAUAUAUGAUUUUAAUUCACACUUAUAAUCAAUUAAAAAUUGUUAAUACAUUAUACUAUUUAUAUUUCAUUAACUAAUAUAAAACUUCAAUUAGUGUAUAGAAAAUACUAAAUAAUAUUGUUAAAUAAUAAUAAUUUUAACUUAAUAUAAAUUAUAAUAAUAUUUAUGUGUUUUAUUUAAGUACUCACAAUUCAAAAGUGAUUUAAAUAUUUUAAAACUUAAAAUGUUACUUAAUCAUAAAGCAUAAAACUAUCAUACUAUUCACCAAUAAUUAUAUUGAUUUUCAAAUUAUUCAAAAGUUGGUAUAUAUUUUUAAUUUAAAACUCAAAAUAGUUACAUAUAUAUGUUUAAAUUAAUUUUCUAUUAUAUUUUGAAUAAACUUAUUAAAAUUAUGAUUAAAAUAACUAAUUUUAAUUAUGUAAAAUAAAUAGUACUAUAAAUUUUUAUAUAAAACACUGAUUGUAAUACUGAUUAACUAAUCUACAAUCUGAUUAAUACUGAUUAAAGUCAAUUUCUUUUUUUUAAUACUGAUUGUUCAUUAAUAAAGGCCCAGCACGGCAGAAUCCUAAACUCAAAGUUUUCACAUGGGUCUCAUUAGCUAAUCUAUAGGGUCUGUUUUGACAAAAUGUAAAUUAUCAUAUUUCAAAAUAACUAUAGUAAUGAAAUAUCAAAACCCAAACCGUAUUACAAAAAAGGCCCAACAGACAUUGGUUCUUUUUAGUUUUGUACAAUUUUCUUAUAGAAAGUUGUGCCUACGUAAUAUUUGUCAACGGCUACAAGCCUACAACCUGGGAGACGCAAAAAGAAAAUAUGACCGUUCUAAUUGAUCCGUUGGCUCCUGCCUCCUAUACAGAAGCGCCCUCGUUCCUAUAAGAGCAUCUCCAUUAGAGUAUCAGAAGAGGUUCAUGGGCUCAGAUUCAUAGGGCCGAAAUACUUUUUAAAUUAAAAAAAUGGGCUAUUUUCAGUGAACCGGUUCGCCAGAGUGAACCCGUAUGAUACGGGUUCAUGCCACGUGUCAACAGCUCAUUGGGAGGACUUUUUUGUGUUGACGAAGACGAAACACGGGUCUCUCGAUAUCUCUUUCAUUUUUCCUCAUUUCAAGGUUUCUUUCUCUCUGCGGCGAUUUGUCGAGCGACGGCGACGGCUAAGCUUUUCUCCAUCUAAUCGACGACGGCGUGUCUCCUCCACUAGCUCAGAUGGAUCUCGGGGAAGAUAGAAGAGACACAAAGAGGGAAAAGGACUACGUCAACAUGCUAGGAUUUGUUGCUGACUCGGAAUAUGGGAUUCCGACAAGGUGUCCGUGUGGUGGGAGAAUCAUUGACGAGGUCCGGGGGAAGGAGGACUACGACACUCUUCCUGGCAAGCGCUUCUUCACUUGCAAAAAUUACCAGGGUGAUGGGUUCCAUUAUCGCCAGCCAUGGGUGAUUGGUGUCCAAGAGGAGAUCGAACGCAUGACUAAGCGGGUGGAGGAGGCUGAGCAGGUGAUCAACGGGGUCCCAAAGCUCAAUAAUCAGCUGGAGACACUCGAGGCACAGGUUAAAAUCCUCACUGUGCAGGUUGAUAACCUCCAUGUUCAGGUCACUGACAUGGAGAAGAUGGAAAGCCUGAGUAAGCGGUUGGAGGAGGCUGAGGAGGUGAUCAAGUGGGUGCCGGAUCUCAAUGAAAAGAUAAAGACACUGGAGGCACAGGUUGAAUUUCUCACUGGCCAGGUUGAUAACCUCACUGCUCAUGUCGAAACCUUGGAGAAGCUCUGCUUCGAAUGAAACCCAAAGGUAACACUCAACCUGAACUAAUAGUUAUUUUUUAAACCUAAAAGAAAUGAAGUUUUCUGUUAGAGUUUGUUCAACUACAACUAGUUCUUGGUAUUAAGCUUAACCGUAACUGAAUGUUAGUGUUUGUUCAACUAGAACUCGUUGUAGUUCUUGUUUUAAGGCUAAAAGAAACUGAACUAGAACUAAGCUAAAGCAAACCCUAUAAUUGUCUUUCGAAAACUUGCAUUAAUUCUGUGUUGGUUGGCCGCUGUGAUGAAUGGUUGAUUUGAUUUCCUAUAAUUUCCUUUCAAAAAACUGAGUUGAUGUGUAAUGAAUGCUCUGUGUGAAUGUUGUUGUGUUAUUAACUAUAAUGAAUGUUUGGUAGUUAGAUUUUGUUUAAUUGUGUGAGCAAAAAGUAGUUUAAAAAGAUAGCAAAACAAUGUUCUCAAAACGCACAACAACUUAAAAACACCAACGUAGAAACCAAAAUGGAUCCCUUUUACCAGAACUCUCCCGGGUUUGUUAACCUAUUAGCUUCUCAGAACACUCAAACAAUAGACUUAGAGUCCCCUGAGAUUCCUAGGUUUAGUAGCCAGACCUCUGAAGAUCCUAAACCCGUGGAAAGGAGGAAGUGGACAACAAAACAAGACACUAUCCUCAUCAGUGCUUGGUUGAAUACCAGCAAGGAUCCCAUAGUGAGUAAUGAGCAGAAGGCAGGAGCGUUUUGGAAGAGGAUAGAGGAGUAUUACAAUUCGAGCCCUCAGCUAACUGGCUUACCCACUAGAGAGGCAAGUCAAUGUAAGCAGCGGUGGGGAAGGUUGAAUGAGCAGGUGUGCAAGUUUGUGGGUUGCUAUGAGGCAGCGGUGAAGGAGCAAGCUAGUGGCCAAAAUGAUAACGAUGUCAUGAAGGCGGCCCAUGACAUCUUCGAAAAUGACUACCACGCAAAGUUCUGCCUUGAACAUGCGUGGAGGGAGCUACGGUUUGAUCAAAAAUGGAGAUCAAACUGUGGAAACAAAGAUGGUGCAAAGGACAAAAGGAAGGAACCUGCGGAGGUGGUGCCUGACUUGGAAGAGGUUAGGCCUCCUGGUGUUAAGGCUUCCAAAGCAGCCAAACGCAAGAAGCAUGGGAAUGAAGCUGCGUAUGAUCAAUUAGAGAGCAUGUUAGUUGUGAAAGAGAACAUAUCCAAACACCGACUCCUUGAACGUCUCCUUGCCCGUAAAGAGACACUAUCUGAAAUAGAAGUGUCUCUGAUGAACAAACUCAUAACCGAAUUGCUUUGAUCUUGUUAGUGCCGUAAAUUUGCUUAGUACUUACGUAUUGUUGUAACGCUUAGUAGGUUGCUAGUUCUGGACACUGAAGUUAGUUGCUUGUAUCCGCUUUGAUCGUGUUAGUGCAUUUUUUUGCUUUUACUACAUAACUGUUGGUUUAACUUGCUUGUUCUGUCUUGUUGUGCAGGUCACAGGUGCUUGUCUGGCGCGGGAGUUUGACUCAACUCGAGCAUCUGUUUGUUUCACGGGUUGUCUGUUUGCUUCACGGGAAUGUACUAUGUCUGUUUGCUUCACGGGAAAGUGUAGAAUUUUGUUGCUUUCUACACUUUUUUUUUUCAUUCACGGGUUAUGUAACUUGCUUCUUGCACUCUAUAUAAACUAUGGUAUUGUCUUUGGAGUUGUAUACCACUUAUCUAUUAAUCUACAACAUUCUGCUUCCUUUCGCUCUUGUGGUAUUGUCUUUGGAGUUGUAUACAACUUUUAUCACUUUUUUUCCCCUAAAACACUAAACCAACAAUCCAUCACUGAACACUCCUCAAACCUCCGUAUACAAAAUAGUGAUCAGCCACAACGCGCUUAACCUUUUUUUUCCUCCUCGUAACUAAGCCAAAUUCCCAUUUACUUAACUCAAAAAGUUAUUCAUUUCUCUAAUCCCAAAAAUACAAUGUCUUCCUCGUCGUCUGAUGGUGUUGAUGAAAGAUUAGACGAAGCUUUUGAAGAAAUGUUUGACCAACAAUUUGAUCAUGCAUUCGAGUCAGUAUUUGAUGUUCAAGCUAAAAAACCGAAGAGACGAGCUUAUAUCGAAAGAGAUCGGGAACAAGGUCACAAUAUACUUUGGAACGACUAUUUCAGUGAAAAUCCUACAUACCCACCGCAAAUGUUUAGGCGACGUUUUCGAAUGAAUAAGCCGUUGUUUCUUCGCAUUGUUGAUCGGCUAAAUAAUGAUGUUCCAUACUUUAAGCAACGAAGAAAUGCUCACGGAAGGUACGGGCUCUCCGCACUUCAAAAGUGUACAGCGGCUAUACGUAUGCUGGCAUAUGGACAACCUGGAGAUACGUAUGACGAAUAUCUCCGACUUGGUGAGAGUACUGCACUUUUAUGUUUAGAAAAUUUCAAUAACGGGAUAAUACAAAUCUUUGGAGAUGAGUAUCUAAGGAGCCCUACACCGGAAGAUCUUCAAAAAUUACUCGAUGUUGGAGAGGUACGCGGGUUUCCAGGGAUGAUAGGCAGCAUUGACUGUAUGCAUUGGGAGUGGAAAAACUGCCCAACGGCUUGGAGAGGACAGUACACACGUGGUUCAGCAAAGCCGACAAUUGUCUUAGAGGCGGUGGCAUCACAUGAUCUUUGGAUAUGGCACGCAUUUUUCGGAUUACCAGGUACACUCAACGAUAUUAAUGUUCUUGAUCGGUCACCAGUUUUUGAUGACAUUUUACAAGGUCGAGCUCCUAAAGUAAAAUUCAAGGUCAACGGCCACAACUAUCGUAUCCCGUAUUACCUUACCGACGGAAUCUAUCCGAAAUGGUCAACAUUUAUCCAAUCCAUCCCACUUCCUCAAGGUCCUAAAGCAGAGCUAUUUGCUGAACGUCAAGAAUCCGUCAGAAAAGAUGUGGAACGUGCUUUUGGAGUAUUGCAAGCGAGGUUUGCAAUAGUUAAAAACCCAGCUCGAAUUUGGGACAAGGAAAAGAUAGGUAGGAUUAUGAGAACUUGUGUCAUACUGCACAAUAUGAUAGUUGAGGACGAACGACACGGAUACACUCUGUUUGAUAUAUCGGACUUCGAAGCAGGAGAGUCAAGCAGAAGUUCCCAGGUUGAUUUCUCGUACUCUACGGACACCCCAUCCAUUAUCAGUAAUAUGCUUCCCAUUCGCAAUCAAAUUCGAGAUCAACAGAUACAUGCUCGUUUGAAAGCUGAUUUAGUCGAAAAUAUUUGGCUAAAGUUUGGUAAUCCUAAUGAAUAAUAUUUGUAUGUUCAUGAAUUCUCAUUGUAUUGAAUAAAAACUUUUUAAAAAAAAUUACAAAUUUUUUUUUUUCCUUAGAACCCCGUCUUGAGGUUCACCAAUGGAAGAGCAAAAUAGAUACAGGUUCAUCACUAUUCAUGGCCCCACCAAAAAAAUAUUAAAAAAAUUCUAUGAACCCCAAGUGGGGGUUUACUAAUGGAGAUGCUCUAAAUUUGGUGUAUUACCACAGACAAUUUCUUACAACAGACCAUUCUUAUAACAGACAAUUCUUACAAUAACAAGCAGAUUCUGGUGAUGGAGAAAACCAUCCUUGGAAACCUCGAAUGGCAAUACGUGUUCCUUGUUCAUUACAGCUUCCAUGUCUGACCCAAAGGUGAGUUGAGUUUUGCUUAUAAGUAUCCGUUAUUCUUACAAUAUUGAUUGUAAAGAGACUUGACUUUGGUUUUGUUGUUGUUGUAAGAACGCAAAAGACUUUUAUCCGCCAAAUGUUUUUUUUCGUGUCACUUAACUGAAGAGACUUAUUUUGUUUUUUUUUUCUUAGCUCAGCUUUUACCGAAUGCUCAGAAGGAGAGGAAGCUAAUCAACAGUGGUGAUAACAACUUAUUUUUAUCGGCACCGUUUCAAGUCAAGAUUCCGUUGGCCGCAUCAUCACCAUCACGGCGUCACAGCUGCGGUAUAAAAUUCCUUAUUAGUUUCUUUGUAAGUAUGUUGAAAUCUCUAUGGUCAUCUUGUUUAAAAGACUGGCAUUAUGUCUCUGCUACGGAUUGUUAAACUAAUUUUUUGUCAUUUUCUUUUGUUUGGGAAUUUUUGAAGUUGCGUGUAUUCAUAAUGUGUAAGCAAACAGAAAGUGACGUCCUGUCAUUAAUUUGACCGUUAGAGAUCGUAUUGUUUCAUUUGACUCUCACACAGUAAUGAUGACUAAGUUCCUGCUAAUCAAUUUAGUAAUUAAAAAAAAUUCCUCUCAAUUUUUUUAUGUUUUUUUAAUAUACUCCUUCUGUUUUUAAAUAUAGGUAGUUUUAGCAAAAAGAGUUUGUUUCACAAUAUAAGUAGUUUACAUAUUUCAAUGCACCUUUUUCAUUUAUUGGAUAUUGUGUGACCAAUAAAAUAAUAUUAAGCUUUUUAUAAUUGGUUGAAUUAAUUAAUUAAAUGAUAUAUUUUUUUAGAUAACAACUUUCUAAAUAUUUGUGCUUUUAAGUAAAACUACUUAUA